AUCAGAGGGUAGGAGAAUGAAAAAAACUGAAGCUAGCCUUACCUAAUAUUAUAAAUUUGCAAAAGAAUCACAAAAUAAUUUACUUCUUAAUCAUCAGCUCUAACAUCAAAUGAUGACAACUAGUACUAACACUGAAUUCACAUUAGCGUAAACAUUUCAGUAACAUGCACCUUCUAAUAACUGUAGUGGACAGAAGAUUUCCAGGGAAUACGAUGUCAUUAUUCACGUGUAAUUAUUGAAGAGUUACUUUCAAAGCACAGAAGUUAUAAUUAUUCUACUUCAGCAUGUCAGAUAAUUUCAACAUUACUACUGGUAAUACAAACAGUAUCAACAGCAGCAGUAGCAAGAAUGAAAUGAAAUCUGCAAAAGUAAUGCAUACCACUGCAUCCAUAGAUGAAUUAAUUCAUGGAUUAUAUUACAUUACAAUGGAAAUAUCACCUACAUGCCGUCAAGCUGCGACAUUGUUUUUGUCGGGUUUUUUUGUUGUCGGUGUUCUUUUGAUUAUACCAGCGCUUAUGCAAACCGCAGCUGCAUAUGUAUGGGCUGCUCAAGUUCGUCGUGAAUCAGUUACGCCAACUCAAUUGCAACAGUGCAGAACGAAUCAGUCGAAUACCGAUAAAACCCAAGUUCAGCAACAUACUAGAAAGCAUAGAUUACCAAAACAAGAUAGAACCUUAUUUCUUUAUCGUAUACUAGCCUGCAGUGGAUCAUUAUUUGUUCUAGUAUUUUCUACAUUACCACAAUUGGUGAUUGUUGUGGCAAAGCCCCAGAUACCAGAUAGCAUAGAUAAACGUUGGGGUUGGUGUCAUGCAUUUGUAUACGCGGAUCAUGUGACGAGAUGCUUUGCGAGUUAUUUAAUUGUCAUACCAUUUCUUUUGUUGUUUUGGAACUUUCUGUUCAGUGAAAUAGUACCACGUCAUCAUUUGAUUAUGCGCAAUGUAUUUGGAGUUAUCUUAAAGUCAUCCAUUAUUAUCGCCUUAUUUUCUUUAAGCAUACCAAUACCCAUUGUAAUAAGACAGUUUGAAAAGAUGUGUACAGCGAAAAGAAACUGUAUAUGUGGGCCAACACUACAUGGAAUAGCAACAUUUAUUUACUAUGAUUUUGUGGUAACUCGCAUAAUUCCAGCGAUUUUCGUCAUAUUCGUGAGUAUUGGCUUCUUAUGCUGGCUACCGAGAGAGGAUUAUGGUGUGUUUUAUGAACCAGCAAUAUUUUUAGCAUUCAUGAUACCACAUGUACUAUGCGAAAUUAUUAUACACAUAUUUCAUCGUGCACACAUAAUUAACAAGUUGGUCAACGUAAACUUCAGUAAUUUUAUGCUUCUAUCAUAUGCAUUAUACCAUAUGUCAUUCAGCUGUACAUUUGUUCUGGCCACACUGCGUUCCAUGUUAGGUGAAAUACAGGAAGAACGUCGUAAAAGAAGUAUGUUUUUAUUUGAUGAAAAUGCUGACUCCAGACAACACUCGCAACAGACAGUGAGAUGGUUACCAUCUCAUGCAAAUAAGCAAAGCAAUAGAGGCGUUGGUGGUGUUAGCGGUAGCAAUAUAAACAAUACGACAGAACAAUUACAUGGAACAAAACGUCGUACAAAUCUGAUUCAUGGCCUACAGAAACAGUUCUCUGUAGCUUACCGCUGGAAACCAGAUUUUACUGAAGAAGAAACCGGUGUUAUAUCUGGUCAGAUGGAAGAAUUAUCAAUGGAACAAUCAACAAAUCAGAAUAUUUCAAAUAAUGAUUAUAAUGAUACUGAGCCUAAUUUGUCAGAUGUUCCCGUGUUGAAUGAACCAGCUGACAAGUGUACUGAUGAUGUUAUGCUUCACUAUGCUAUUUUACAACGAUCAGCAAGUUUAAAGAGAAAAGAACAGGAGAAACGAACAAAGCCACACAUAGAUCCAUCUUACAGUAUCAUAAGAAGCUCAAAUUUUCCACAGCGACAUCAAAAACAACAACGAAUUCCACAGUAGUCCAGAAGUAACAGAAUGGUUUAAUUUUAUUUAACUUGAAGGUGAUGAACAAAUAUCCAAAGAAAGUGAAAAAAAUCAAGAGCAAUGAAAAUUCUGUGAAGUAGUAAAAUAAAUGUAUUUUCAACAUCCAUCUUAAGCCUCCUCUCAUUAUUAUCUAGUACUCCUAAAUUAAAAGUGAUAUUUUAAGUCAAAGUAUUACUGAUGAUAUUCUUAACAAUGAAUUCAAUGUACAAUAGUUUCACUACAUUUUGCAUUGUUCACUUUAUUUACAAAUAGGCUAAUAUGGGUUAUUAUUAGGGUUGAGUAAGAAUUUACAUUUUUUGAAAAAGAAACUUAGCAGGCCAUUAAAGACUAUGCGAAAAUUUGAAGCAGUACAUUGGAAUCCUGUAUAUUCAAGAAAUAAAUAUUAUAUAUGAAAUCAGGAUGUUGGUUUUUGGAUUACCAAUAAAUGCUAAUCAUUUACUCAAGACAAUGAGAAAGUCUUCAUAAAUGCAGAGAAAAGUGAAGAACACAUGUGCCUAGAAAAAUCAAUGAAAUUAAACUUCGAUUAGUAUAAAUGGAAAGACAGAUUACAAACACUGGAAAUCAAGUAGUCAAAGGCCAUCACUGGAUUUUUUUUCCAUGCUAAGAUUAGAUCUACGACCUUAAUGUCAAGAUGCCCUUUACAAAUGCUAUAAUAUGGAAAGUAAAUUGUCUGAUUGUUAAUUUCGAAGUGAAUUCUCAAACUGAAGUAGACCUACAUAUCUUUAAAGGCAUGAAGAUGAGUUAACUAAGAAGAUAAACUGAAGCAAAAGAGUUUGAGCCAGCUUAAGCGAAAUCUUGGGAUUAAUGAUUUAUACCCUUUUGUUAAACUUGUAUUUCUUGUUCUCUCCAUGUCUGGUAAUCGGAAGAACGAUAUUGCGUGACGAGUAACCGAGUUGACAGGUUUUAUUUCUUUCCCACAUUUUAUUUGUCGAUAUUUUGGAGCGUGUUAGUCCUUCUCGCUGUAUUCAGAUCUGUUGGCUAGUAGACAAUCGAUGCAAAUUCUAUAUUCAAAAGCAACACUUCAGAAACGACUGGUAGAUAACAUGUUUUCUACACGCUCUAUUUUAGCUUAAGUAUAUGAACUAGGCUAUUUGCAGUGACUAAUAUAUAAACAGUAAAUAAUUUUGCGCUAAUUCAUAAGUGCUACAAAAAACAGAAUCAUGCAUAAUAAAUCAUUUUUCAACACUAUCACAUUUAUAAAGAGAAUAUCAGUAAAACUAGUAGUUUAAGAACGUGGGAAAUAAGGGUAAGAUAAUAUAAAUAAACUAAUUGUAUUCACUCAACCACUUGAAUCUACCUUGAACUAAGCAUUCUAACUGACUGGCUAUUUAUGACAUAUAGUCUGAUUAACAGGUGCUUCGAUGUUGCCGGUGAUUUCACUUUGAACCCAUAUGCGAGCAAUGGCAGAUAAUCCAAUCUAAUCAGCAACAGCAAUCCAUAAGCUGAAGCACUCAACUAUAUCCACUGCAUUGGAAGUGAGUAAUUUAACUCAGUGGCUUAGUGAGUAACUCUGUGACACUCCAGAUAAUGAAUUUUAGGCACUGUAGCUCACUGAGGGAUAGAUAGUCCUGGCUGACGAGACCCAAAUAUAAACAAACCCACUUCCUUGAUUCCCCUGCUGCCCUCUCUUUUUAUCACAAGUAUUCAAUGAACUGAGGUCUUACGUUACAUUAACUACUUUUUUGAAAAACCAUCAAAGAAAAAAUGUUUUGUUAUACUUUCAUUCGUGAUUAUCUACUUCAUAAACUAAUGUAGCUUUUCGGUGCCUUACAAGUUUAGAUCGAUUUCCGCUUACUCUAAACAAUACUGCAUAUUUCAUUUUUGAAAGCGGAACGGUAAUGGUAUUCAAACACUAACGAGCUUACUUGCUUAGUUCAAAGCCAUAAGCAUAACUUCAAAUCUACUUCUCUAUACCAUUUACAAUGUACACACAACUUUCCAGUUAUGCUUAGUAUUCUCGUAUUCAAUAUUUUUAGCUUACAUGUUUUGAAGUAAGAGAUUGGAACAUGAAAAUUCACU